ACCGCGAGCUCGUGCAUCAUGCGACGACGACUCGAUCCUAUCGAGUGCGUAACGAGUCGCGAGCUCAAUUGCUAGCCGGUACCGAUAAUACCGAUUUAUUGUUCGCGACGCAACUGCCGUGAGAUUAACGACGGGAGAAAAAAGUGUGGGUGGGUGUGUGCAGUGCAGCUGUUUCGCGAUGACGAUAUGAGCCCAAUGAUGAUUAGGAACUAUAUCACGAUCCUGUUGCUGCUAUGGCUUCGAGUUGGCUCGGCCUCGGCCCAAGAGAUGCGCUGCUGCUUGAUAGCUCAGGAGCCAUGUCGCAGCGUCUGCUCCAAGAUAUCACUGGCUUCCCUGGCGGACGACUCUCUGGCUAGGGAGAACGCAACGAGGACAUUUUCACAAGUUUGCUCUCUUGAUUUGGUGGAGUUUUGGAAUUGCGUCAACUCAACUUUAAGAGAGGCACGAGAGCAGGAAAAUUGGUCGGGUCGAGCAUGCUGUCGCGAGGCGCGCAGUCAGCUCUGCCGGGCCAGCUGCGCCCGGGUCGGCAGCAGACGCGAGCUCGGCGGCUCGUGUCGUUGGAGCGACGAAGCACGGCUCGCCGAGUGCCUGGACCGACGCGACGAGGCCGAGCAGUGCUGCGCCAGCGUCCAGGACGCCUCGUGUCGCGCCACUUGCCGGGAUCUGCUGUCCAAGUCGAGUAAGCGCAGCCAGGCGCUCAAGGCUUACAACGUCAAGGGCUGCUUCCACCAGGUUCCGAGCUGCAUGAAGCCUGCCCUGGAUCAGGACAAAUCGCCCGAAGACCCAAAAACAUAUAUGCACUGCUGCGAGCAAGCGACCAGGCCAGGCUGCAUGGACGUGUGUCGGCGCUCGCUGCACGGGAUCUCGUCGAUUCAGGAGGUGCUCGACGCCCUGGAGGAGCGUUGCGGCCCUGUGCUGCCGCACAGCCCUUUCUGGAGCUGCUUCCUCAAGUCGUCUCCGAACAAGCCGCAGAAGUUGCCGUUGAACGCGGCCAAGCUGGCCUGCUGCUCGAAAGCCUCGCGAGCCCACUGUCAGAGCCUCUGCCGCAGGGCCUUCCACUCGGACUGGUCGGCCUGGCAGCAGCUCGAUGCGACCUGUCUGGCCUCGAACCUCGAGGGCGAGCUCAGACGCUGCCUGGACGACACCGAGGACGCCUGCGAGAUCGGCUGCUCCGGCUUGUCGUUUUGCUCGAGCUUCAACGACCGGCCAACAACACUGUUCAGAACGUGUAACGCCGCAGCCGACGAGUCAGCCCGAUGGGAGGCCGACCUGUGGAUGCAGGGCGGCAUCAUAAGCGGCCUCGGGGUGCCGGUGAGGGCGGCCUCCUCCUGCCCGGAAGAGACGCUGCGCGCGGCCGCCUGCCUCCUGCAGCUGAGACCCUGCGAGUCGCGCUCGCACGAGACCCGACUCUGCCGCGAGGACUGCCUCGAGCUGCUGACCAGAUGCGUCGACUGGUCGGCCGUGAAGGGCCACAACGCGGCCACUCUCUGCGCCAAGCUCUCGCCCCUGAAAGCCGACAUGGCCUGCGUCUCGAUCAGGCCCUUCCUCGAGGACCCGAGGGAGCAGAACGAGCUGCUGGUGCCACCGCCCACCAAGAUCGAGGAGGACAUCAACGUGCCUUGCAGGAGCAAUCCUUGCCCGCAGGGCCAGAUCUGCUCGGUGCAUCCGGAGGACAGGCGGCCUUUCCGUUGUACAGCAGGCUGCAGUCUCGGCGAGAUGUCGAAGCAGCUGGUGGCGGCCGGCAGCUGGGUGCAAAUCCCGCGCUACGAACAUCCGAGCUGCUAUCGGCUCUGCCACUGCUCGACGACGGGCAAGCUGGAGAGAUGCCGCGAUCUCGCCUGUUCCACGUCUGGCUUGGCUUCGGUCCAGGCCUCGAGCGUGGCUUCGGGGGGCGGCAGCAGCUGCUGGGUGCAGGGCAGCUUCGUGGCGCAUCGCUCGACCUUCUACCUCGACUGCAAGCCCUGCCACUGCCUCGAGGGCGAGGUCACCUGCUCGCGCAAGGGCUGCAGCGAGCUGAGGAUGCACCAGCCCAAGCUCCCCUGCGACUGUCCGAAUCACUACGUGCCGGUGUGCGGCCGACUCGGACUCACCUACUCGUCGGCCUGCCUGGCCAAGUGCUCGGGUCUGCUGGCCAACGAGGUCGAGUACAACAGCUGCUCGGCCCGAGAGCCCUGCGCGGCCAAUCCCUGCCGAGCCGGCGAGAUCUGCCUGAGGCGGCCGCGGGUCUGCCUGGCGCCCAUUCACAAGCCCUGCGACCAGUUCGAGUGCGUGCCCAGCCUCAAGAUGUGCGAGCAGCGCCUGGCUCUCGACGAUCGUUUCUCCAAAGGCCCCGUCUGCGACACGGACCACCGCCAACACUCGUCUCUGUGCUCUCUGCUGCGCUCCGGCGCCAAGCUCGGCUACCGGGGUCCCUGCCUGCGCGGCUGCAGUCUACGCGGACCCGUCUGCGGCGUCAACGGCGAGACGUACGCGAGCGAGUGCGCCGCUUGGGCCGAGCGGGUCGCCCUCGACUACCCGGGAGCCUGUGUGGCCGUCGGCCUCGUCUCGGACCUACCGGCCCCGAGGUGCGGCAGUGCCGUCGCCUGUCCGCCCCUGGCGCGCCAACGCUGCGUCGGUGUCACUCCACCCGGCGCCUGCUGUCCCGUCUGUGCCGGGGCCGCGCGGCUCUUCUACUCCAAGAAACAGUUGGACCGCAUCUAUUACGAGCUGACGGACGAGUCGGACAAGCGGGUUGUGACGCUCGAGGCGAUGAUCGACGGACUGUCGCGGCAACUGGGGGUCGCCGAGUGCUCGCUGCGCGCCUCCAUCACCCCCGAGGGCGACAUCUUCCUCGUGAACCAGGCCGUGUCCAAGAGUCCGUCGGAGCUGCAGCUGUCGGCCUGCGUCGUCGAGAUCGAGAAGCUCGUGAGCCGCGUGGCCGAGCGCAGUCCCCGAAUCGUGCUCGAGGUGCCGCUCAGUGCACUCACUCGCGCCGAGGUGGCUCACUCGAGGAUCGUCUCGGCUGCCAAUUCUGCCGAGGCUGCUGACAGCUCGCGAUCGGUCAAGAUGCUCUGUGCGGCCAUCGUCGCCUUUAGACUCGCGAUAUUUCGGCUUGCGUAAAUCGGCUCGAUGGAAAUAAUUGACCAAUCAAUUGCAUUGAAAAUUUAUGCAAAUCGCUGAAGAAUGUCAACUUGAUUUUUUAUCAUAACUUAGUCAAAUUUCGCGUUCGAUUCAGUGCCUUAUAUACCGACAUUUUUUUUACAAAAUAAGCAUUAAAAGUAAACCAAAGAAGCAAUAUUUAUGAUAUGGUACAUUAGUUUUAAAUGAAUAUUCGUAUAUUAUUUUUCGUGGCAUUUUAUUCAUUAGAGCAUAUUGUUUUUCCAUUUAAAUAUUUGAUUAUUGUACAUUUACACGAUGUGAAAAUUACUGUAAAUAUGUUUUUAACUUUAAUGACUGCGCAACAUGUGUUUGUAUCUUUGUAAAUAACUUUUAAAAGAAAAAAGACCCAAGUAUAUGUACCAAAAUAGACGUUCAUUAUCGUCUAAAAAAUACCAAAUAAAAGUGUGAUUGA